AUGAAAUUACUUAUUUCUUUAGUUGUUUUAUUGGUUGUUAUUGGCUCAACCAACGCUUGCGAUACCUACGGUCAAAAAUGUGUUAAAGUAGGAUCACCUUGUCCAAAUCCAUCAGUCGACCCAUUUACAACAUGUGAAGAAGGUUCCUUCUGUUAUUAUGGAAAGAGUCCAACUUCUACUUCAUCAGGAAACUGCACUGCUUUUGCUGUGGUCGGUGAGUACUGUGAUGGAUCACAAACAAGCAAUACUAUUUGUGCACCGGGAUUGAGUUGUUACACUGGUAGCGACAGUCCAAAUACCUGCCAGUUUGGUGAUUACGCCGCCAUUGGAGAGUCGUGUGACUCCUCCUUCUCCUGCAUCAACAACAACGAUUGCGUCAAUGGAAAGUGUCAACUCAGAGCCGCUGCCAAUGGAAAGUGUAACGAUGCUUGGAGCGACUGUGCUUUCGGAUACUCAUGUAACACCACCAGUAAUGCUUGUAUCCCAACCCUCACCAGCGGUGCCGCCUGUAAUGUCCCAGGUUUAACACAAGCCAGAUGCGCCGUUGGUUUAGUCUGUUCGCCAGUGACCACCGAGCGUCUCAACUACACUUGUGUUCCAGUCAACAGCAAAGGUCCAGGUGCUGCAUGUGCCUCUCAAGUCGCAAGUUUCAGUCUCGACGGAUCCUUCCCAAGUUUGGAGUGUGACGUCUCCCAAUCGUUGCUCUGCUUGUUGAACAACGGUAACUACACCUGUCAAACACCACCAGCUGUCUCCACCGGAAACUGCUCGGCUACAGCAUGUCAAAGUGGAUCUACAGAGUUCUGUAGCUGUCCAGUCGAUUCCUGGACUGGAACAUGCACUCAAUACAACACUUUGGGUGCCGAUUGCUCCAAGGCUUUCAAUGCUCUCGCCAAGUGUGCCGUCGACAACAAGUGUCAAAUCUAUGCCGGUUCACCAAACUACAAAUCGUGUAUCUAUCAACACUGUUCCUCAGAUAUGUGUGGUGGUGAUGCAUGUGUCCCAACUUCCAGCAACCAAGGUUGUGGUGAAUCUCAAUAUGCCGGAUGUCAUUCCUACAGUUCCUCAUCAUUUGUUCGUCCAACAACUAUUUUCAUUGCUUUAAUUGCUCUUCUCCUUUCACUCAUUUAA